UUGGAGCUGCUGAAAGAAGAUAAUUUUUUUUCUCAAAAUCCCUUGUCCUUGUGUCUUAAAGUUGGCGUAUUUCUAUUCCUGAAUUAAAUUCAAUUAUCAAAUGAAUCAAAAAUUUAGUAAAACUUUUCACCUGCAGCAGUGAUUCAAAAUUUACCAUCGCGAUAACGAAUACCUGAAAGCUGCUGAACCCCCUUAAUAGAAAAAUCUAGCUGCACUUGCAUAAAUUUUGUUUUCUUUAUUUUGUCUCCUUUCUUUUCUUCAUGUUCAGUUCACUUUUUCAUGCCGCGAUGGGCGUGCGGAGUAUGUGAAAAAAGAAAAAUAAUAAAACAAAAAAGAAAAAUAGAGACCAAAAAAGUUUCUACUUUCUCACCAAAAAAAAACUAACGCAAGAGUUAAAUAAUUAUCUUAACUUUUUUUUAAAUCGGGACUUUAUCGAAUCUCGUGAAAAUCAAAAUAAAAUCAAUUUUGAAAAACUCAAAAGGCAAAGAAAAGGAAAUUAAAAACAAAAAAAAUGAAAACCCAUGAAAAUUGAUGCAAAACCUUCAUCCUCUUCACCAUUGUCGUCAUUCAUCAUUUUAAACUGCAUCAUCACACCAUAACCAUCAGAUCAUAGAAGACUUUCAAGGCAUCUUCCUGUGAAAGAUAUCUAAUCCAUAAUCCAAUUCUAUGAAUUUCAUAAACAACAACAAAUGCAGCACAACAGAACACACUGACUUGAUAAAUCACCUUAUUACAGUGACUCUCACUGUGUAGACAAACAAAACUACAAUUAAUCCUGCAAUUUUUGCCAUUAAUAUGAAUAAAAUUCAUAAAGAAGGUAUCGGUUGUUGAGAAGAUAACGAAUAGGACCGCAACACCGUGACACUCUUGUGUCCGGUGAAUGUGUGUAGAAGCCUAAGUCGCUACCUUAAGGAUAAAAUUGAACCAGUAGAAAAAUAAAUAAAAAACAAAAAUAAAAAAAAGUAGAAGAGUUUAAAAUAAAACUCAUACAUUUUUAUACUGAUCGGCACUUGUGCGAGUUUUUUAAACCUGCUCUAUGAGAAAUGUCGCAAGGCGGCUCAUCAGGGAAUUCAGGCGUUGACAAUAGCAACACACAAGGAGAGUAUAGGGAAUAUCAUUGGGCUUAUUCCGUAAUGGAUUCUUCUAGAGUAUCGACAUGUCUAAUUUCGAUGCUUUUGAUUGUAUACGGUAGCUUUCGUAGUUUGAACAUUGAACAGGAAGCCCGGGAGCGUCAGGAGAAGAAACGCAAUGAAUCCAUGACAAAUUUACUAACUGGAGAACCUAUAGAAAAUGAGCCAAGUAAAUUUGCUACAUUAGAUACAAUGCAUGCAUUGUGUCUACCAUUGGGAGCAUCGGUGUCAUUGCUUGUGAUGUUUUUCUUUUUUGAUUCCAUGCAAUUGUUGUUUGCCGUGUGUACUGCAAUAAUAGCAACAGUUGCACUAGCAUUUCUCCUUCUGCCCAUGUGUCAAUACAUAAUUCGUCCUUGUUCGGAUGGAAAUCGCAUAUCAUUCGGAAUAUGCGGUCGAUUUACCGCAGCUGAACUAUUUAGUUUCACACUAUCAGUUUCAAUAGUUUGUAUUUGGGUGCUCACUGGUCAUUGGCUACUUAUGGAUGCAAUGGGAAUGGGUUUGUGCGUUGCUUUUAUUGCAUUUGUACGAUUGCCUAGUCUAAAAGUUUCAACAUUACUGCUAACUGGUCUACUUAUAUACGAUGUAUUUUGGGUGUUUUUCUCAUCGUACAUUUUCAGUACGAAUGUGAUGGUGAAAGUAGCCACACGACCCGCUGAAAAUCCAGUUGGAAUUGUUGCGCGCAAAUUGAACUUAGGUGGAAUAGUGAAAGAACCACCCAAACUUAAUCUUCCCGGGAAAUUAGUAUUUCCCAGUAUACACAACAGUGGUCAUUUUUCAAUGCUUGGCUUGGGAGAUAUUGUGAUGCCGGGACUAUUGUUGUGUUUUGUCUUGCGUUAUGAUGCAUAUAAGAAGUCUCAAGGCGUUACAUCUGAUCCAACGCUUGCACCACCAAGAGGAAUGGGCUCGAAACUAACGUAUUUUCAUUGUUCCUUAUUAGGAUAUUUCUUAGGAUUACUCACAGCUACUGUGAGCUCUGAAGUGUUUAAGGCAGCUCAACCUGCUCUAUUGUACCUUGUACCAUUUACUUUAUUGCCCUUGCUUACAAUGGCUUAUUUAAAGGGUGACUUACGGCGGAUGUGGAGUGAACCAUUUAUAACGCAUCAACCAUCAAAACAACUGGAAGUCUGAGUGUUUUUUUAAUUUAUUUAAGCAGAAAAAGAAAAUAUUCUUAAUAUAUAAUUUUGUUCUUAAGUGGUUCGAUAAUAGAUUUUUUAUAUAAAAAACAAAACAAAAAAAACUGUAAUAUGUAUCGACAAUGAUUUUAUUGUUGUAACUAUAAUUAUGUACUAACAAAAAGUAAAGUAAUUGCUAUUUUGUAUGAUUAAAACCAGGAACAAACAAAUACUAUUUAUAAGAUUUUUUUUUUAUUAUUAUUACAUAUAUAUUUUUUCUCAUUUUAAAAAUUUAUAAGAAUAUAUUUAAGAUUAAAAGUGUGUUAAGUUUUUUUUUUUCUAUCAUUAUUUUAAAUUUUAUAAAACGAAAAAUAUACCUAAAUAAUUUUAUUCUAUCAAAUUUAUUGCGAACCCUCCUGCCAAUGAUCAAAAAACUCAAAAUAACUCAAUAGAAAUCAGCAACCUUAUCCUAGAUCGUUAAAACUUCUGUCCAUCUGUGUAUAUAGAUAAAUAUCAUUUUAACUUGUAAAAACAAAAAAAUACGCAUUAAUUAAAAUAAUAAACAAAAACAAAAAAAUGGAAACAUAAGACAAAAAUUUAAUAAGUGUUGAGAUUAUUUAAAAAAAAAAUAUUUAAAAAAUUCAAAAUUCUUUGUAUGCCUUUUAGUUUUAGACAUUUUAUAAAUGUAAUAUUCAAUCUGAUUAAUUGUCUUAAAAACAAUAAGUGUUUUUAUUUUCUUUCAAUAUGAAACUGAAUAUUUUUUAUAUAUGGUAUGUACUAUUUUUUGAUCAGAAUGUAUUUACUUUCUCACGACCGACAUGACGCCGCCGCCAUUAUCUCCUUAUAAUUUGUUCUCAAUUCAAUUCGCAUAGUUUUGUUUAUCGAAUUUAUUUGCUCUUCAACCUAAUAAGAUACCUGCAAAAAAAAUAUGAUUUUACAGCAUCUCUUUGUCAAUCUCAGCUCAAGAAGUUGAGCACAUUUUGUUGCUUCUAUUUUAUUGGCUCACAUCGAUCGAAGCCAAUUGUCAAGACUAUUUUCUUGCUGUGUUUUAAUUGUUGGAAAAUUAAGCACUUGCCGCUAUUAAAUGAAUGUUUUAUCAUUUUUAACAAAAACGCCACCUUUCGCACAUAUAAAUACAUAUUAUAUACAACAUGUUUUAAUAUUAAAACGCUUAUAUCAAAUUAUAACCACUGGAUUGUGUUCAUCUUUCCAUGUUGAAUUUCUUUUUAAAAAUGUAUAAUUUUAAUAAUUUUGGAUUAAAAUUUAAAAAUUUACUAAUUAAAAAAAUACUUAAAGAUCUCGAAAAAUUAAAAAAAAGAGCUUAACAUUUUGUUUCGAAAUUUUUAAAGGCGCUUUUGAUUUGUUUUUUUUUUUUUUCGUUAAUAAUUUUAAUUUUGUGUCAAUUUAACUAUAAAAUCAUUAAAUUUAAUGUAAAUAAUUACUAAAAGGAGAAGUUUAUCAGAAACAAAAAAUCAUUUUUUUUUUCUAAGUAUAAUUGUUUUUAAAAGAAAAUAUAUUUUAAAAAAAUCGAAAAUUAGAAAGAAGCUGUUGAAUUUAGCAAAUAUUUUAACAGCAAACAAUGUAUAGGGUGGUUCUAGUUUUAAUCAUUAAGGUUGAAGGAAAACGAGUUAAGAAAAUGUAUAAAGGUACACGAUUUCAAUCAAAAACUUUACUUCUUGGUUUUAGUUGGCAUGACAACUGUGAUUUAAUUGUGUUAUUAAUCAAAUUCUGUUAAUUGUUUUGAAUCAGAAAGUUCAACUUGUUUUUCUUUCGACAUGGACUAUGAGGGUGAUAUCGAGACACUCUAUUUUAUAUUCUAUUUCGAAUUUCUAAGAAAUUAAUUUUCUAAAGAGUAUAAAUACUGACCAGGGUCAGACAACAUACGGGACAUAAUUUUUGACCAAGGCAACUAUUUAGAUUUUAAAGUGUCAUACACUUCUAACUUUACAUCACUAACCUCUACUUUCAGUUGAUCGUGCCAAUAACCAUAUUGUUGUCUACAAAACACUCCUGAGGCAAGCUACAAUUCCAUCAUAAAUUAUGUUUUGUAUUGUAAAGAAAUAUACAUAACUUAUUCCUUUUCAAAUUUCAGAAGGAACCCUGUCACACAAAACAUUAAAUGGAAUUGUGCAAAAAAUAAAAAAAAUACAAAGUAAUAAGAUCUACUUUUAGUUAAAUGAAAAAACAUGAUUAGCUGUCAUUUGACAUACUUGACUUGACAGUAAGGCAGAUUCGUCUUGGACAACUUUUCAGUCAACUAUUCAAAAAAGCCUUAAAUGACUCAAACACAGGAUUGGUUGACAGUUAUAAAUCACUAGGGCCCCAGGCCCCUCCCUCCCCAGUUCUCAACGGACCGUUGCGCCACCUAAUUUAUUUGUUUUAAGUAAUUGUGCCCAAAACCCGGAAAUCAGCCAUGAAUUUUGCAUCUUAUGCCAUUUAACAUUUUGUUAAAAUAACAAUAUAUGCACAGUGACCUAGUGUGUAAGGGAAUGUCUUAAACUCACAUCUCCUCUGUCAAACCUUUCCAGCCAUGACUUUCCAACAAUACCAAAAACUUUGGGCAGGUUCAGGCAACAUACUUCAUUUGCAGUCAACUUCAUUCUUUGAACGUAAAUUUGGAUCAAGGCAACUAGUUAGUUUUUCAAGUGUCAUGAAUUUCAAAUUCAGAACUUUACUUUGCAAACUUUUACUUUAAGUUCAUAGUACAAAGAGUACCAAUCAAAUUAUUGUCCAAAGAACACUCCUCAGGCAAGCUACAAGUCCAUCACGAUUUGUAUUUUGCACUGUUAAGAAAUAUUAAAUAUUUCUUUUCCAAAUUGAAGGGGAACCCUUUUAGGGAAAGCAUUAAAUGAAUUUUUGCAUAAAAUAAAUAAAUCAUAGAGUAUUAAAGUUCAGCUUUCAGUUUAAUGAAAAAUCAUCUGUCUUUUUGACAGAAGUAGACCUAACUUGAUAGUUAGGGAGAUUUUUCUUGACUAACUUUCCAGUCAACUUUCCAUUAAAGUUGCCUAAAUUGGCAGCUGCCCAAUCAGAUACUAGAAACUUGCCUAACUUUCAAGUACCUUACGUCGUCUGAACCUGGCUAUUAACAUUCGCAUAGCCUACUUAUCAGUCGUUUAUAUUUAUUAUUCACAUCGAAACAAAAUACAAAUUAAAGUGUUAUUGCAAAAAACUGUGAAGUGAAUAAAAUAAGUCGUAAUUAUUUUAGAAUUUCAAUAAAUUGAGUUGAAUCUGUGGCCCUUAUAGCUCGUUCCAUUGUGCAAGUAAAUAUAAACAUUUUAAAUAAUAUUAAAAUGGGACUUGUUCAAGAAACCCAAAGCGAAGCGUUUUCAAGUGUGAAAUUUUUAAAGCUAUUCGAGAAGAAAAGAUAAAUUAUUUCAAUAAUAAUGACAUGAAACUGGAAUGCAGAUUUAUCUUUGGGUUUUCAGAUUUUGGAAAGUCAACUAAAUGUAGGCAGUAAGGGAAAAAAACAA